AUGUCUCAAAUCAAUGCUGGUGGCAAAAGUGGGGCGGGUAGUGGUAUCCCAACGUCCAAUCUCGGUGACAGCCAUGGUCACACCAAGGAAUGUACAUAUAAGGACUUUUUGAAUUCUAAGUCACGGUCCUUCGAUGGAACUGGAGGUGUCAUUGCCUUGACUCGAUGGUUUGAGAAGACAAAGUCAAUCUUUGAGAUAUGUGCUUGCCCAGAAGACAACAAGGUGAAGUUUGCAGCAUGCAUCUUCACCGACAGAGCGCUAACUUGGUGGAAUGGCCAAGUCAAAUCCCUAACUCUUCCGGUGGCUAAUGCCAUGAGUUGGGAGGAUCUAAAAGAACUAAUGCUCACUGAGUACUGUCCACGAGGCGAGAUGCAGAAGCUAGAGGAGGAACUCUGGAAUUUAAAGAUGAAAGGCUCCGACAUUACUACCUACACUGAGAGGUUCAGUGAUCUAUCUCUUCUCUGCCCGGGAAUGGUCACCCCGAAGAGCAGGAAAGUAGAAAGAUUCAUAUGGGGAUUGACGACCCAACUCAAGGAUGCCAUGCCAUCCACCAACAAACCACCUAAGGAGAGUGGUGGAAAGAAAAAGUUCUGGAAUAAGUGCAAUGGCAAGUCUUCGCAAGAACUCUCCAAGAAACAACAAGUAGUGGAUGUGCAUGCCGCUACUACUCCUGCCGCUACCUCCACAACUCAAACACCUGCCAGUAGAUAUGCUGGUAUCCUCCCAAGGUGCGACAGGUGUAACUUCGAUCAUCACGGGCCGUGCCGUGAAAUGUUGUGCAAUAGCUAUGGCAAAAAGGGGCAAACAGCUUGCUUUUGCAUAACACCAGCCCAACUAACCAAUCAGGCUCCUGGAGCGGGAGUUGGUAACCCUGCUAUAGAUGUGGUGAAACCGGGCACUUCAAGAGAAACUGCCCAAAGGAAACAACUGGCAACACGGGGAGAGUGCUAUUUAUGUGCCAGGAGGAGGCUAUCACAGACCCCACCAUAG